CACAUCAAUCGCAGCAUCGAGCAACUCUGCGAAUUUGAUCGGCAACUGCACGAGUGUGUGUUCGACCGGACACAGAGCCGAUUGCGGGAUCUGAGAAGUGAAUUGUGCCGUACUGAUGACCGGGAAAGCACUCGGGCGCAUAUUCUCAUCUACUUGCAACGACUCUCCCACAUCACCGGCAGCUUGAUCCGUUGCUACUCUCUCCUCAGAUUCCUGGAGGUUCUCUCAUUUCGGGUAUCCGAUUCGAUUCGAAAACGUGGCGAUUUGGAGUCAAAAGGCCGUACAUUGCAGGUGGAUAGCCACGGGAAUCGAUUCCUAGCAGCUGAAGAGACGCCAAUAAAUACGCCUGCCAUUGCGAGUGCAAUUGUUACCAAAGAUUUCGAAAGACAGACCUCCGAGCAAAUCUCACUGCGGGUAUCCUUUGCAUUAAUUGGAAUAAACGACGGCGCGGUUGUGCGUUUUUACUAG